GAUCGCACAGACCCACAUUGAAUCCGCGUGCUCAUGUGGUCGGCUAGGAACGGCAGCGAGCGCACGGCGACGCACCAAUCACGAUGGAAGCCACCGCAACGGCAGAGGUGGCGGCGGAGAUUCUAGAACCCUUGGAGCUCCGCUUCUCCGACCUUCUCCUCCUGUCCUCCGCCGCUCCCUCUCAUCCUCCACCCUCUCCCGCGGAGCUGGCGCGGCUGGAGUCCAUCUCCGCCGCCGCGAUGCAAGCCCUAGGCUCUUCGGGGCCUGGCCUCCUCGCGAUCACUGAAGUGCCCAAAGCUUCCGACCUUCGCCGGCUCAUUCUUCCUCUCGCCCGCAAGCUCGCGCUCCUUGGCCGCAAGGAUCGCGCCCGUGUCCUCAAGGAGCAUGGUUUGGGCAGUGAUGUUCCCCUAAAGAAUCUUGACAGGAAUGUGUCGUCUUUCGCUUUGCAAUUAAAAUAUGCACAUAAUUUAAAUUCUGAAUCAGCAUCAAUUAGAUCUCUAUGCACAGAAGAAAACCAUUAUUAUGCAGAAGGAAAUUCUGUUGAGGAUAGUUUUGAGAAGUUUGAUGAUAAGGAGUUUAAGAUCCUUGGGUCUACUUUCAAGGAACUGAGUCUUUGCAUGAUGGAACUUGGUCUUCGACUAGCUCAAAUUUGUGAUAAAGCCAUUGAUUGCAGAGAGUUAAAGCAAAGCAUCAUGGAUGGCAGCGCAAAAGGACGCCUCAUUCAUUAUCAUUCAACAAUAGACAACAUUAUCCUUAAAGAGACCAACAGAACAAAAAAAGGAUCUAAGAAGAAAGUUGAACCUGCUACACUUGAUCCUUCACCUUCCGAUGAAUGUACAAUAUCAAGGGACUUUCAUGAGAAAACUUCGGUUACACAUUGGUAUUCAGGAAGCAGAUCUGUAAAAGAUAGAACAAGUCAGAUUACUUUGUCCAAUCUGUGGCAGCAAUGGCACUAUGAUUAUGGCAUUUUUACUGUUCUAACAUCACCUUCGUUUAUGUUCUCUUGUCUGGCAGAAGACUGCUCUCAUAUUUCAUGCUGUCGAGAGUGCUCCUCACCCGAUGAACAUACUUAUCUUCAAUUGUUUGAUAUAAAGAAGAACAAAAUAUUUGUUGUGAGGUCCCCUGCUGAUAGUUUCAUCAUUCAGGUAGGGGAAGCAGCUAACAUAUUGACUAGUGGUAAGCUUCAAUCUACACUUCAUUCAGUCGGUAGAACUGUGGACAUGGAGAACUUGAGCAGGCAGACUUUUGUGGUCUUCCUGCAGCCAGCUUGGAGCAAAAUUCUCUCUUAUUCUGGGUAUCCUGAGGAAACAAGUAAUCAUGAUAAGUUGGUCUUAAGAACCGAAAUGACCACAUCUUCUAAAAAAGAAGAUGCUUUCUUGAGAUAUAGCACAAGUGACUCUAAGGAUUCACAUCAGUUAAUGCAAGAAAUACUCAGAAAGAUACCACCUCUUUCUAUCCGAUUUAGAGAUGGAAUGACAUUUGCAGAGUUCUCUCAUGAGACUACCAAGCAGUAUUAUAGCAGCAGCGGCACACAGUCUAUGAGAUAACUAGAUUAUUGCUUUGCUUUUCAUAAAAAAUUCUAGUGUAUCAUUCACAUUUGACAUUAUGGCAGAUGUCGCAAAAUAUUCAUGAGCAAUCGGAAUCAUCCUCUAACAGAACUCAUGUCAAAGUAUUUUCAUUAGAAAAAUUUGUGUUACAGUAAGGAAGCAUGAAGAUGCAAACGUAGGAGAAUAUAUCAGGUUCUUCUGAGGCUUUGGAUUACCUAUGUUCCAGUACAUGCUACAUAACACAUGUGCAAGUUCUCUUUUUAGAAGUUAAACAGAAAAUCUACGCACCGCCGGUAUCCUAUGGUGAAAUGCAGUUUGCAAGUGGGAGCCCGAAGAUGAUUUUGGCAAAGUGGGUUUUGUGGACGUGGAAUCCUUGAGAUUCAUACUGUACCCUCAGGCUUAUUUCACUCGAGGCUGAUGGAGCAUGAGAACUGCUGUCAUUUGUCUUCCUUUGUAGGUUAUGGCAGCGGCGACAAUGUUCAAAGAGCCUGGGAUGUCGAGAAGUCACUCCUUUCAUUCUGUUUUGAGAUUCAAGGAUUUUGGAGUAGGAUCCAUCUAUGAAAAGGCUGUGUUUUAGGCUUUUUGACUAUUUGUGUAAGUUCCAGAAAAAUGCAGGCAAUAGUAUUCAAACAAACAAAUCCUCAUUAAUUUGAUUGCUGGAAUCUGGAAUGCUGCUCUCACACUGCCGAUCGGCUGUGCUUUAAUAAAUCAUGUGGUUUUAUAGA